AUGCACCCUCGGAUGUUCGGAGGCAGCAGACCUCUGACCUAUUCCGAAGCUGCCGGCCCUGAAGCUAGUCUUAUCUUACGCGAUCCGUCACUCUUUGAAAACACAACAUCUCUUCAACCAGCCAGGCCAUUCAGGAAAGCAACUCGAAAGAAGAUGUUUUCUUCGUGGCUCAAUGGCCUUCUCAUCUUCUUACCCAUCGGCUUUUGGGCGUUCUGGUCCGACAAAGCCCCCUUGCUGAUCUUCGCCACCAACGCCAUCGCGGUGGUGCCUCUAUCAUCCCUGCUCACUAGUGCUACCGAGAUGAUUGCUGCUGAUGCUGGCGAUACGAUCGGAGCUCUGCUAAACAUUACCAUGGGAAAUCUCGUGGAACUAAUUUUAUUUAUUGCCCUCAAGCACAAUCAACUUCACGUCGUUCAAGCGUCAAUUCUUGGCUCCGUGCUAGUCAACUUAUUGCCGACCCUCGGGACCGCUCUAUGUGUCUGCGGAAUAUCGCAAUGCGAGUCAACCUUGAAUUUCGCAGAGACCCAGCUCCUAGGCUGCCUUCUCUUCGUUUCCGUCUUUGUGCUUCUGGUACCAGCUGCUUUUAACUAUACCUUGAAAGUACAAGAAGGCGCAAAUGAAGCCAUGCUGAAAAUGAGCAGAGCCUCAGCUUUCGUGGUUCUACUCAUCUACGCUUUUUAUUUGGCCCAUGGGCUGAGACAACAACACUCUAGUACAGCAAAAGUGCCAGAGACAAUAGAACUAGAAGAUGGUUAUGCGACCUUGUCAUCCCAUCCCAAUCGGUCUCCAGAAGCAGAUAUGGUUGUACGAGAGGGCAACGGUCAAGGCCAUGAUUACACAGAAACCUCAAUAGAGCUCAACAACAUCGAAUCUUUAUCCACAAGUUCCGCAUCUCUAGAUGGGAAUAGCGAAGAGGAACGUGGCAGAAAAGAACAUAGGCUUCACGACGGGAACAGCCGAGAAAGCUCUUUUGGCAGUUCAAGGUCACAAAGUCGUCAGUCUUGUUGUGAUUCAAUUGGGAGCUCAACACCCUACAGACCCAUUCGAGGGUGGGCUAAAACAGGCUCAAAAUGGUUGCGCAUCUUCUGGAGCAGUCCUUCAAAUGUCGCCAAGAGUCAAGAAAGGGUCGGCAAGAGGUCUUUAGGAGAGAAAGCGAUUUCUAUUCUCACUUUGACCAUAAGCUCAGCCUUGAUGUCCAUGUGUACCGAGUUUCUCGUUGGCACGAUUAACGCUAUUACACAUCAAGGUCACUUAUCAGAGUCAGUCAUCGGCCUCAUAAUCCUACCUGUAAUCGGUAAUGUGGCCGAAUACGUUACUGUUGUAACAAUGGCAUCAAGAGAGAAGUUGGAUCUUGCCAUUGCAGUCGCAGCUGGUUCAGCCAUACAGAUCGCGCUUUGCGCAGCACCUUUGACCAUUUUAGCAGGCUGGAUCAUGUCCCGAGACGUGUCUUUUGAUUUUAGCUUAUUCGAAGCGGCUGCUCUUUUGGGGGCAGUGGCGCUAUCAACUCGACUUCUCUUGAGCGACAGAGAUGGCAAUUUGGAGAUGCCUGGUAUCAAAGGAACACUCAUGUGUGCAUGUUACGCAUUGAUCGGGUAUGCAUGA